UUUCCACUCAUAAGGAAGGAAGGUUAGAUACCUUUGACAGGGUUGUAUUUUUGGUUGAAAUGGGAUGGUGUUCAAACUCCCGAAAUGCAGUCUAGACAGUGGGCCCUCCCCUUUCUGACUAGACUGACUCGGGGAAGGGUCAAUCUCCUCCGGAGCAUGCUGCACAGCCACUCAUUUGUCCUGACUAAAUAGUAGAAUCUAUCUCUCAGCGAUUCUUUUCUCCGCCAAAAACCCCUUCCCAACCAGCCCGCCCGAUUUUUUUUGUAAGAUCAGCUAAUUUAAAGGGGUUAAUCUGGUCCGAAGUUGUCGGAACGAAUCGUUUGCUUUAUCAAACAAAGCUUUAUUAGGGGGGUCUUGGUUGGCCCCCCUAUUUUCAACCAUUAUAGCUGGCGUCGACCCGCUUUGCGAUACGGACGAACACGAAGAAGAAGGCAGGCAGCGAAAAUGCAAAAGAGAAGAGCAAAGAUUCCCGACCCAGAGCAUGUUAUUGACUCAACCACAAAGCUGUUGAAUGAAGGUAGCUUGCUUACUCUCAGCCACUAGUUAGAAGAAAAUCCCUUGACUUCGCUUAUGCCCUUAUGCAAUAAAGAAAGCAAAUGAGGCGGGCUAAGAUUCCAUUCGAAGUAAGAUAACAGGAUUCGAUGUUGCACCAUCUUCAACUCUUCUCGGGAUCCGGAGUUUUGUUUUUCGAGAAAAGGUCCCAUCCUUCAAUAUCAUGAUUGGGUCGACCAGGCCAGAUCAUGAGUAAAUAGAAAAUCGAAAACGUACAUAGCUGUUCCAGCUGAAAUACUUGGAAUAAUUCUACCACUUUUACUAGGAGUAGCCUUUUUAGUGCUAGCUGAACGUAAAGUAAUGGCUUUUGUGCAACGUCGAAAGGGUCCUGAUGUAGUGGGAUCGUUCGGAUUGUUACAACCUCUAGCAGAUGGUUUGAAAUUGAUUCUAAAAGAACCUAUUUCACCAAGUAGUGCUAAUUUCUCCCUUUUUAGAAUGGCUCCAGUGGCUACAUUUAUGUUAAGUCUGGUCGCUUGGGCCGUUGUACCUUUUGAUUAUGGUAUGGUAUUGUCAGAUUCGAACAUAGGGCUACUUUAUUUGUUUGCCAUAUCUUCGCUAGGUGUUUAUGGAAUUAUUACAGCAGGUCGGUCUAGUAAUUAGGGGGCGGCCGUUCGGUCGCCUAUGAUACUAGGACCAAUAGGUCAAAAAUGGGUUUGUGCCGCAGGUGUUGAACGAUCUACUCUACACAGGUGUGGGCUUACAGGGCUAGGGCUCAUAAACCUUUUCUUUCAUUCAUCAAUAGGGCCCUGGUCGGUCACUUUCCGGGUCGGGAUCGAUAAGUAGAAGUCAUAAAAAAGAAAUGUUUCUCUUCGCACCUCAGAUCAAGAGCUUGUCAAGCUGGCCUAUAUAUAAUAUAAAGAAAAAGAUUCGUUGUCUUUUAACCGGCUGUUCUUCUUUGUCAACGCUACUAAGGACCUAUGGGUUCGCCUACUUGACUUAUGAAAGAUAAUGAGAAUGGGUUAUUCAAAAAGGAAAAGGCGCUACUAUACAAGACAUUAGUAGAAGUAAGAGGCUGAGUUAGCCUAGCCUACUAAUGUCUUGUAUAGUAGGGUAUAGUAUAGUAGGCGAGCGAGUUAGCGAAGACGCUUAGGCUAAUAGAUAAGAGAGCGUCGGUGCGUAGCCUUCAUUCUACUACGCUACGCAAAGGUUACGAAGUCACUUAGCUCGACGUUAGGAAAGUCAAGGGGGAACGCCAUACCUACAUAGAAGAACCGCUGUUCGCUGACUUUUUAAGGUCUAACCUUUCGCUCCCCUACUGAAAAGGGGCAAAACCGCUUCGCACCACUGAUAGACUACUUAAGAUUCAAUUCAAAAAGGCCCUACUUAGCUUAGUUUCGAAAGCCUUUGUCAUUGUCAGUCAACUAAGUAGGGCCUGAGGCCCCCUGCGAAUCCGUAAAUCUGAGGAGCAUGCCGCAACAAAAGGAUGGUCCCCUAUGCAUUUCAUUCUUUCUGAAAAGGAAAAAAUAAAAAAGUACCCCCAUCAUGGUGAACCUCUCCUUGUGAUCGGGAUGAGGUAAAUGCCUCCCAGCCGGGGGGCGGAUCGAAUCGGAGUUUCCUUAGGUAGCCACCGACCUACAGUUAUCCUUAAACUUUCGUGCUUGGUGGAGAAGAAGCGAACAAAGGUACGCUCGCUUGCUGUCUUGUUCUCUGCCGCGAACUGGGAUCGCUCGCCAGCUAGGUCAGAUUGGAACAACAUUUUUUGAGAACAUAUUACCCAUCUUCGGGGACAGGGGGCGGAACGACCUCUCGAUCUACUUACUACAGCCCAGGAAUAAAAACGUCGUCUAGGCGUUCCCUGUUGCUCCGAUCCCCCCGUAGCCUAGGGCGUUGUCUGGGCCAAGAGCCAUAGUUAGUUGCUGUUUCCAUUUGGUUGUUUUUUUCUCGUUGUUGAUACCGGCAAGACCCAGCCAGAUGAUGUCUGCUGGUUGGUAGUGAGAGGACUCUUAGUAUCUGCAUACCCAAAAGGUGGCGCUGAUUUCAAAACAAUCAUUUUCUUUUGUUUCUUGCUUUCUCUUAGCAGCGGGAAAGGAGUCUAUCUAUCUGCCUAGCUUUGGUAGAUUUCCCCCAACGCAAUCCACAGAAAUUCCACGAAUCUCCUUGGUGGAUAAGUCCGACGACUCAGCAGCAGUGCGGAAUUGAGUUUCUCGUCUGGUGGAUCUGAUCUAUAGUUAGGGGGCAAUACAUACCAAAAGGUUCGAAGAAAGAACGCGCAUAAGAGUAAGAGUAUAUAACCAAACCACCCUUCUGUAUAACCUAUUCACAUUAGUGAAGCGGCUGGAUGCAUAAGGGAAGUGCAUGUUUGUGAGACCUUAGUCGGGAUGCAUAGGGGAGUCAACCUACGAGCACGGAAGGGCGUGGUACCGCUGCCCCUCUCUAAGUAAAGGUAAAGUCUCUCCUUCAGCUAGAAUGUAAGGAAAUUGAAAGAAGCGCGGAAAAGGGUCAAAUGCGGUUGCUAGCAUCGAAGAGAGCCGUCAUCGACGAUAAAGUGGGAGUUCGGACUUGGCGAACGAGCUCUUCCCGCGGGAGAGGAAAGCGGGGGCAGGAAAAAUAACCAUUCCGGUGGUUGAUAGUAGAGGCUGGAUAAAACAUGGAUAGGCGUGCCUUAUCAUCCAAAAGAAAAGGAUGUAGAAACAGGAAGGGCUCGUGGGGUCGAUCCCACAUCUCAUAGAGAGGAGGAAUACCAAGGAUGAUAAGGGAAAACUAACUCUACAGCUUACAGGCUUUGUUUAGUCAAAAGCCCGCUUAAAGCUAUAGAAUUUAUGGUAUAUUUUUUUUUUCAAUUGGUAAAGGUCAUCGCCGGUCGGAUCCGCCGCAUUAGUCUAAGGUGCUUGCUCCUUUUAGUUGGACUUAGAGAAGAGAAAUGCUAGCACCUCUUUUCAUCAAUCUUUCUUGAGGACUCUGUCUAUAUCCAUACGGCCUC